GAGAAUUAUAUAAUUAUUGUAGAUAAUGGCGGCUACUGUCAACGCCACCGUGAAAGCGGUGGCUCUCAUCACCGGUGUCGGCAACGUACGCGGCUCUCUUCAGUUUGUGCAGGACCCUAAUGGAGUUACUCAUGUGGAUGGGAGGAUAACUGGACUCACUCCGGGACUUCAUGGUUUCCAUAUUCAUGCUCUUGGAGAUACCACCAAUGGGUGCAACUCAACUGGUCCUCAUUUCAAUCCGCUCAAGAAGGAGCAUGGGGCUCCCGAUGAUAAAGACCGCCACGCGGGUGACUUGGGUAACAUUGUUGCAGCCUCAGAUGGUGUUGCUGUGGUUUCAAUUAAGGACAAGCUGAUUCCUUUGAGCGGGCAUCAUUCAAUACUGGGGAGGGCUGUUGUUGUGCAUGCUGAUCCUGAUGAUCUUGGCAAAGGUGGACAUGAACUUAGUAAGACAACAGGGAAUGCUGGUGCCAGAGUUGGGUGUGGUAUCAUCGGGCUGCAGUCAUCCGUUUAAACCGACUAGCUGCAGAAGAAAGAUACUUGAAUCCAAAAUGCAUGGUGAAAGCCUGAAAGGGUGUAAUAUCCAAACAAUUUAACGUGUUCAUAAACAUCUCCGUUUGGUAAAGCUUAUAAGCUAUUAAAAUAAACUAGUUUAUAAGCUGGUGUUUGGUGAAAUUUGUAGCUAACGCUGGAUUAUAAGCUGUGUAAAAGUUUAUUAUGUUUAGUUUAAAAGAUAGAAUAAAACUAAACAAAAUUAUGAGAACUGUGUUUGUACUU